ACCGUCAUUACAAAAGAAGAAGAAAAAAAGACUGUUGCCGUGGCUCGCGGGGCUCAAGAUGUUGUGGCUGUGUUGAGGGCUGGUGUUCAGAAUGCUGUUGGUUUUAUCUGAGGAUCAUAAGGAACAUCUGAGCUUCCUCACCAAGGCUGAUGGUUCCGUGGUUGAAGAGUUUGGUCGCCUUGCACUCGAGUUUUUGAGGAAAGGAACCAACCCAAAGAUCUAUGAGGGGGCAGCCAGGAAGCUGUGUGUUCCUGUUGGGAUGGUGCAGCAUGGAGUGGAAGGCCUGAUGUUCCUGAUGACAGAGAGCUCUAAGCAUAUGAUCUCUGAAGUGGACUUCAUGGACUCAGUGCUGGCUCUGGGCUUUGGUGAAGAGCUUAUCCAGAGCCUGCUGCAGCUGUAUGUGCAACACAAACACCAGAUCCGCAGCAUCCUGAGCCAGCUGCUCUGUAACCAGCCAGCCUACCACAACCUGGAAUGGAGACUGGAUGUCCAGUUGGCGAGUCGUUCAGUUCGUCAUCAGAUGGUUCCCAUGGUGACCAUUCGCCUUCUCCUGACUAGGAGUUCUGAUGUUGGCAGCACCCAGAGCUGCAUGGAUCUCCAGACAGACCCCAGCAGUCUCCUGCACAUGAUCUCCACUCUGGAGGCCGCCUUAGCUGCAGUGAAGACCAGUGAUGCUCGGCGGAUUUUACGAAAUAUUAAAUGACUCCUCCAGAACGCUU